GUUUUGCAUUCAAGGCUUCCCCACAUCCACUGCUGGUCGAGCUUGAGGUACACAGCUAGGAUAAAUUCUGCAACCCAAGGAUGUCCGACGAAGGAAAGCUUUUUGUCGGCGGUCUUAGCUUUGACACCAAUGAACAAGCCCUUGAAGAUGUCUUCUCCAAGUAUGGACAAAUUUCUGAAGUUGUUGUAAUCAAAGACCGAGAGACUCAGAGAUCCAGGGGCUUUGGCUUUGUCACCUUUGAGAAUCCAGAUGAUGCCAAAGAUGCAAUGUUGGCCAUGAAUGGCAAGUCACUUGAUGGGAGACAAAUCCGCGUUGACCAGGCUGGCAAGUCUGGGAGUGGGAACAGGCCUGGUGGCGGGUACAGAGGAGCCCCCUCAGGUGGUAGAGGAGGAGGAGGAGGAGGAUACUUCCGUGGGGGCAGAGGUGGUGGUGGUGGAAGAGGUGGCCGUGGUUUCUCACGGGGUGGUGGAGAGCGAGGAUAUGGUGGUGGGCGUUACGACAGAAGUGGUGAUGGCUAUUCUUCCGACAGAGGAUACUACAACAGAGACAGAGCACAAGGAGGAGGAUACGGAGAUCGUUCAGGAGGUUCGUACAGAGACAGCUACGAUAGUUAUGGUGACGAGGGCAGCUGGUAGAAAGGUCACCUGGUUCCGGCCCGCAACCUGCUGCCACACAAAAAUGUAAAAUUUCCUCUGAAACUGACUAUGUAGAUACGAGCAGUCCUGGGCAAGUGUGGGAGGGCCGGCUUGUAUGUUGAGCCGCCCACACCAGUCUAUUCAAAGUUUUGUUUUUUUGUUGUUUGUUUGUUUUAAAUUGCAGAGAACAAUUUUUCCCUUACAGUUCAGGGGCGCUAGCUUUAGGGGUCCAGCGCUGAUAGCCAUCGUUAAUUACAAUUGCACUGCUCACACAGAAGCACAGCGUACGAAGAAAAGGAGUGUACCUCAGAGCGUGGAUAGUUUAGCCAUUUGUUUUGUUCAACUCAGCCUUGAGAAUAUUUUUGCGCUUAUUUUCCUCAUUCUGACUGGUUUGCCAGCAAGAUCCUGCAUAUCCUUUUCAUAAGUGACCGUCAGAAGGGCAUGAGGUCACACAAGGUCAGAAAAGUAUAUCAUGGCCGUUACUAUUCUACCUGAUUGUAACAUGAGUAAAGCAUUACCCUGCAUUAUGCUGAACUGUUGGGAGAGUGAAGAGUCCCAGUGAGGUCAGGAAUUCAUUUAGAGACGGUGCAAAUUCGCUUGUUUCAUUUUGACAGUAUUGACCUGCUGAUUUGACACUCCAUCAGGUGCUCCUGUAACUGUUUACUUCUAUGGAAAUGCUCUCUUAUUCUGAUUUUUUUUUUUUUUUU